AUGACCUCCUUCUUCUCACUUCUCGCUAUUCUUGCUCUUUUGGCUUUGGCCUCAGCCGAUUACACACCACUAUUCUUGAGGAAUCAACCGAGAAACGUUCAGAAUGGAUAUUUUCAAAUUAUGAGAAAUUUGAAUUUGAGUCAGCAACAGCAGGAGCAACAAUUGGCACAAUGGGCUCAGAUGAAUAAUCUUUCGACCCAAUACUCGAAUUUCCUUCAACAAGAACGCCAAGCAAAUCAAGCAUUGAGCCAAAACAUGUCCCGUAUCAUUUCUCGCCUCCCUCAAGUUCAAUCCCAACUCGAAGCGAUUCUCCAAAAUGACAUUCAAACGUGUACUCAGGAACUACAAGCUAUUCAGAACCUCCGACGACAGUACCCACAAGAAGUUCCAAUUCUUGACUAUAUUCGAGAAAAAACCUCAGAAGCAAUGGGAAUGGAUGAUUAA